UUGAUCGGUUCAGAUCGGUAGAAACAAUAUAAAUUAUAAAAUAUGAGAUCCUGCUACUUGGCACUCGGUCUGCUGCUCAUUGUGGCCGCUUCCGUUGAGGCCCGCGGUGGAAGGGGGCGUGGAGGGGGCUCGUUCGGUGGCCUGUUCGGUGGCUGGCGCAAGUACAAGAAGCCCUCGUCAUCGGGCGGAGGGAGGCGAGUAAUAAGUGGAUCCCCGGUCCACACGGCUAUGACGGUGCCGAAGCCGCCCCUGCCACCUCCGCCACCAAAGCCCAUGAUACCCCCGCCCAAACAGCAGAUUCCAAGCUAUCCACGUCAACAGAUGCCAGCUGGAUACGGCUAUGGAUCCUAUUCGACCCAGGGAGGCGGAACCUUCUACUCCAACGCCCAGGGUCUCCCCCCGGGAGCUGUUUACUACGCCCAACCACCCACGGGAAUGAAUCGCGGAUCAGGUACUGGAGAUUUUCUGACUGGAAUGCUGGCGGGUCACAUGAUGAACAACCUUCUGUUCGGGCACAGACACCAUGUCAGUCAUGUGUACCAUAGAAAUGGAGAGGGGGACCCGUCCAGUCAGGGCACUGGUCGGCAGAUCAUCAUCGUUAACAAUGGCCAACCGGAGGGAGUGGCCCAAAAUGAAACUUCAAUUUCCCAGGAAGUCUCGCCAGUGGCUUCUCCCAAAAAUCCUUUAACUGACGAGAACGAGGAAGGGGAAGAGGAGGUGGGGGAGUCGGGGGCGGAGGCAGCUGAAAGCGAAGGCGAGAGUUCACCUAUUUCCAGUGAGGAAUCCCCAGAAUCUGGGACAACUCCACCUCCGUCUCUGCCGAGCGGUGGAAUCAUUUGCUUCCCCAUCAUGCUAAAUGAAACAGAUCCCGAGAGCCCGGACAGAGUUCGGGAAGUAGAACGAAUUGUUUGCUUCCCGGCACCAGCAAGAAAUCCCGAGAAUUUUCCAUCCACCACAACCUCUGAGCCACCCAUUGUUGCUGGCGAUAUUGGCGGUGGUGCUGAGGAAACUGGUGCCGAGGGAGCGGGUGAUGGUGGUAGUGUGGAGGGCAGCGAUGCAUCUACAGAUGCGCCCAUCGAAGUGGCUAGUUAUGUGGCAGGAAGAGCUUCGGAAGUUCAGGCUCUUACCUUUUGAGUAUUCAUAAGUCAUCUUAUAAGUCUCUGUUUCGGAAUAAAAAUUAAAUAAGCUA